AUGGGGAUAAGCAAGUUUCUUGCUCUCCUCGGUGUUGAAGAUAAAAGUCUUUUAGCUGGUCACAUCUCUGAAUUUUUGUUAAAAAACCAUGAGCAUGCUAAAAAACUAUAUUUAAUGUCCUCCUUCCCCAUGGCUGCUUUGGAAAUGUGCAAAAGUCUUCAUCAAUGGGAUUCUGCACUGAAGUUAGCUGUCACUUUAAGUCCAAAUGAGGUGCCUUAUAUCUCUAGAGAAAAUGCUGAACAAUUAGAAUUAAAGGGAAAUUAUACUGCUGCUCGUCGUCUGUAUGAAAAAGGACUGGUAGAGAAUUUUCCUUUUUUUUUUCAGGUAGAACAUCAUAAUUAUCUUUGUAAAUCUGGAAUUGCAAGAACAUCUUUAAGAUGCAAUGAUUAUAAGAGAGGAACUUUGAUUGCUAAUGAAAUCAACAGCACUACUUUGUAUCAAGAAUGUGCUUCUAUAUUAGAAGAAAUGAAAGUUCUUUCGGAUGCUGCAACAUUGUAUGAGAAAGGUGGUUUCCAUGAAAAUGCAGCUAUUUUAUACAUUAAACUUAAAAAAUGGCAAAAGGUGAAAGAGCUUCUGCCUAAUAUUUCAUCACCAAAAGUUCUUUCUUCAUAUGCCAAAGCUCAAGAAGCUGAUCGUAACUACAAAGAAGCUGCUUAUGGUUAUGAAACUGCCAAAGAUUUUUCCAAUGCCAUCAGAAUCUAUUUAGAUCACUUAAAAGAUCCUGAUUCUGCUGUAAAAAUUGUUAAGGAAUCCAAUUCUCUAGAAGGAGCAAAAUUAGUUGCAAGAUUCUUCCAGCGUUAUAAUGAUAAUCCAUCAGCAGUCAAAUUUCUUGUGCUGUCAGGCUGCAAAAAGGAAGCUUUUUCACUUGCCCAAAAAACAAAUAAUAUCAAUGUGUAUGCAGAUACAAUUGAGGAAAAUGGUGAGCCUGAUGAUUAUAUAGACAUAGCAGCUUAUUAUGAAGAAAAGCAACAACUCCUUUUAGCCGGAAAAUACUAUAUUCUAGCUGAACGUUACAAAAAAGCUGUUAAGCUUGCACUACAAGUGUCUGGUCAAGAAGAAGACAGUGCAAUUAGACUUGCAAUCAAUGCUGCUAGCAAAGCUCAGAAUCAGCAGCUAAACCAAGAAGUUAUCAGAUAUAUUGUUGGUGAUGCUGAUGGAGAAGUAAAGGACCUUCAACAUCUAUAUGAUUUCUAUCUUAAAAUAGGACGCAUUAAAGAAGCAGCAAAGACUGCUGUUCUUAUUGCUAAUGCUGAACAGGACACAGGAACGUAUAGGAAAGCACGUCUGCUGUUGCUCAAUAUGUAUAUGAAACUGAAGGAGACUGGCAUCAAAAUUCCACAUGAUAUGUCUCGAAACUUAAUGUUAUUACACACGUAUAACAUUGCAAAGAUUCACAUGCAAAGAGGUGAUCAUGUAAAAAGUGCUCAGAUGUUUAUCAGAGUAUCUAACAAUAUUGGAAAAUUUCCUCGAAGCUUUGUACAAAUACUUACAACUGCAGUGUUGGAGUGUAUCAAAGCAAAUUUUUUACAUUCUGCUAAUAAAAUAGCCCAAACUCUUAUGAGAUCAGAACACAAGUCUCAAAUCCCUGUUAAAUACAAGCAAAAAGUUGAAUGGGCAGUCAGAAAGGGAAGAAAGGAAGAUCCACCAGAAGCAACUCUGCCCUGUCCAUACUGCUCUGCAAAUGUGCCUCAAACUAUUUUGCACUGUGAGCAUUGCCAGAAUGACUUACCUUACUGCAUAAUCACUGGAUACCAUAUUGCCAAAGGAGAUCUUACAGUAUGUCCUUUUUGUAAAUUUCCUGCCACACUGUCAGAAUUUUUAAGAUCUUUGGAAUUGGAUAAAGAAUGCUUAAUGUGUAAUAAAGUCGUUUCUUCUGAUGAACUUAAAUCUAUAAAAAAUGUGCAUCCAGAAAAUUAUUCAGUUGAUGAUGAGGCUUCUGAUUCUAUAUCUGACCUUAACUCAUUAAAUUCUGUGAUGGAGGAAUCUUCAUCUAAUAACCUAACUCAAUUUUCCUAG